UUCCUUAUUAUUUCACACAGUCGCGCAUUUUCCCAUAAAAAUUUGCAUUGUCGUUGCAAAAUUUGAAUAGUUAAUUCUCCCCAACUUGUAUUUACCUACCCCUGCUGUUCUAUUGGUAUUUUGACAUUUGAAAUUUGGAAAUGAAUGGAUAGUUUGUUUCAGAAGAAGGUUGAUCUUUAUUUAUCCAGGAUCGUGAAGGAAUUCGACUGUUGCAAAAUUCCAGUGAAACUAUUAUUGGUUGUCAUCUGGAGCUAGAAAUAUGUCUGCAGAUUUGUUCCUUCCCAACAUCAGCCGUUGGCUAGAAGAAGGCCAGUACCAGCAGAUUAAGAAUGUUAUUCUUGAUCGUACCCACAUCCCCAAAGUCCGGGAGCAUGGCAUGGAUAUCAUUCUUGGUGUGUGUAACCACCUCAACUCUGAAAAAAGUGUCUGGUCCGCUGAAAUGGAAGAGUGCUGUGAAUUCUCGUUGCUAAUGGUGGCACAGUUAUCAAACCCAAAGGAAGUACUGAUUGCUCUCCAAGAACAAGUGGCAGAAUUUGGAUCCAGCUCAAAAUUCAAAAUUCUCCUUUUGCCAUUUCAAGCCGUCCUGCUACGAUUACCUGACAAACAGAGCAACAUACUUAACAUGGUUUUGGAGACCAUUGGUGAACAUGUUAGCUCAUUACCACUUCCUAGUCCAGGAUAUUGCUUUGAAGGAAGAGAAAGAAUUCUUCUAGACACUGAUCCAAAAGUACAAUGCAUUUCAGACAUUUAUGAAGCUCUAGCAGAGUUCUAUGCUCCAUUUGUUAAACAAAUGUCUCUAAAUCGCGUUCAAACUAAGUUGGACGACGAAACCUGCUUACGAGAACGGCGUCGGGUGCUUAAAAAAAACCUGCUUAAAACAAUGGAACAACCAUUAAUCUGCAUGGACUUGCAUUUCGCCGAAGGAAAGAGCCCCAGUCUGCUGAGAAGAAUUGCCGAAAAGCUUGUUCAUCAUCUCUCGUGCGUCUGCGGAGAUUUGUUCUCCUUACCGGAAAUCGUUCAUCAUUUUCAAGGCAAAUACAAGUGCCCGUCCUCCUCUUCCUUUGACGACGGUAGUCCUCCACCAACUCUCAAGUCGCUGGGAAUGAUUUUCUAUCUUGUCUAUGGUGAACAGCUACCUUGCCCAAGCGUUCCUUCAAUCUACAGCCAGGAAUUCAUUUUCCAUACGGUUCUGCAAUACGCUGACCUUCUCCUGAGGAGUGAAGAACCACUCGUUGUUCACAAAGGACUGCUUCUAAUUCAAGGCUUGUUGAAGCAUGUAGGAGACUCGUCCCUCUCUAUCGACUGCCUUGAUCAUCCCAUCCAUUUUCAGAUAUUCCAGUCGUUAAUUUGGUUGGCCAUGUCAGGUGUGAACAGUCGAGAAUUCAAGAUCCUUUCGGUUGAAUUGUGGCGUCCGUACUUAGAUAAACUUCAUCCCGGCGCCCGCUAUCAUCUUCUCCAAAGUCUUCUGCCCACAUUGGAGCACCCGGGCCUUAGAGGAUUGGUGAUCAAUAUUAUUAAAGACCAGGUCGCCCUUUGUUUGGACAAAGAUUUGCCCUACUUUUUGCAAGAUCGCCUUGAUGGGUUUCUACCUUUAAUCUGGAGGCUACCUCAAGACGUGGAGACGGACCUGUUGGAACACAUGGACUCCAUCAUGAGUGCUUUAAAUCUAGCUCGCUUCCUCCUCCUUCGCGACAGGCUGAACGUGAGUGGAUUCGCCAAACAUUUGCCCCUCUUCGAAGCCCAGUUCACCGAACCACUCGCCAGAGCCCUCAAGCUUUCCCGAGCCCAUUAUGAACAUUAUGAACUCGAACUGAGCAAAAUUGGGGCUGGUGCCGUGGCCAUCUGCAAUGUCCUUUUGUCCAUGCCAGAAAUGUCUCUCGAACAGCGAAAAUCAGUGAUUGCAUCCGCAAUCAACUCGUUCGAUCUUCUCGAAAGCGUUCUCGCGCGAGUUGUGGAAUGUCUUCAUUCAUUUUCUGGAUCUCUUCCGACCUGCGAACGGGACCCGUUAGCGAAAACCGACAACUUAAAAAAUGCACAAUUCUCUGUUUAAAAUGGCUAAACGUUCUUGCGCCAAUGGCAAAAAGAACAACGCUUUUGCCUACUGACUGGAGGUGGAAUAAUACACCCGCUACUCUUGUGGCGUCUUGUCUCACAA